UCCUUGCAGUUUGAAUACAGCCUCCUCAAUCUCGCGAGAUUAUCGUCUAGGGCCAGUGAUAAGAGGUAUUUGCGCACGACUGGUUCUUUUAAGGUUCUGAGGCUUGUCGAGUCAAACACAGUAAGUUGGAGCUGAGAGCCGCGCCGAUGGAGAGCAAGAGGAGAAAGGGUAUCUUGGAGCGCCUGAAUGCUGGGGAGGUGGUUGUAGGAGAUGGAGGUUAUGUGUUGCAGCUGGAGCGUCGUGGCUACGUGAAGGCUGGACACUGGACACCUGAGGCUGCUGUUGAACACCCAGAGGCAGUGCGGCAGCUGCACAGAGAGUUUCUGAGAGCGGGAGCCAAUGUGCUUCAGACAUUCACCUUCUACUGCAGUGAGGAUAAGCUGGAGAUCAGCGGCAAUGUCACCAGCAUCACGGGGGCUCAGAUCAACGAGGCAGCCUGUGACCUGGCCAGGGAGGUAGCCAAUGAGGGUGAUGCACUGGUCGCUGGAUGUGUCUCUAAGACUCCCUGUUAUGUGAAGAGUCGCAAUGAAACUGAGGUCAAGGCCAUCUUUAAGAAACAAAUGGAUGACUUCCUGAAAAAAGACAUUGAUUUCUUUAUAGUGGAGUUUGUAGACCAUGUGGAAGAGGCGGUGUGGGCAGUGGAGGUGCUUAAGACCAGCGGUAAAACAGUGGGUGCGACACUGUGCAUCUCCCCUCAGGGAGACAUGCAGGGAGUCCCACCUGGAGAAUGCGCUGUCAGGCUGGUCAAAGCAGGAGCUGACAUUGUUGGAAUAAACUGCCACUUGGACCCUCUGACGUGCGUUCGCACAGUGAAGCUGAUGAAGGAGGGAUUAGAGAAAGCUGGACUCAAAGCUCAUCUCAUGAUCCAGCCGCUGGGCUUUCACACACCUGAAUGCAACUUCGGUGGAUACACCAGCCUCCCGGAGUACCCCUUCGCGCUGGAGACCAGAGCCAUGACCCGCUGGGACAUUCAUAAAUACGCCAGGGAGGCUUACAAUGCAGGAAUUCGUUACAUCGGUGGCUGCUGUGGAUUUGAGCCGUACCAUAUCAGGGCUAUAGCAGAGGAGCUGUCUGCAGAGAGAGCAUCACUCCCUCCAGCUUCAGAGAAGCACGGACUGUGGGGAGCUGCUCUGGAGAUGCACACUAAACCCUGGGUCAGAGCCAGGGCUCGUCGAGAGUACUGGGAAAACCUCCUGCCUGCCUCUGGACGUCCCAAAUGCCCCUCCAUGGCCACACCAGCCGAUGAUUAUGAAAAGCAGCUGGCGUCCAAAAUUCUAACAUAGUUGCUUGUGUCUGCCAUACAGUUUGUUGUUGUAAUGUUUAUAUUUUAGGACAGAAUAUCCACCUUUUUUCAUGUCAAGAAUGACAAACAAUCAACGGUAUAACCAGGUUUACAGAAACUCAUCAAAAGCUUUGUCAUUUACCAAACCUCAACAACCUCUCCUAGUAUUUUUAGUAUGUGUUGAGGUGGCUCAGACACUUUACACAUACCAUGUGCACAGUGUUACUGUGAAUUAACUGCCUUUCUUUCUUUUUUUUUCUGUUCUGUAACUGUAUGCAUUAUUCAUAAACCUACUAACAGUUAUACAAAAAAACGCAGCUGAUCUUUUUACUAAUUGUAAAAUAUCUGUUGAUUGACUGAUUGUUGUAACCUGCUACUGAGCAUUUGAACAUGCAGUAUUUAGUAAAAUAAAAUCAAACUUGUUUAUUAACAGCCA